AUGAAUACCAAAAUUAUUACUCAUGGUGAACCAGGGAAAUCACUAGGCAACACAAGAAGGAAUUGUCCAUAUCAGGAAAUAUUUGGUUUCAGUUCCCAAAUUGUUCAGUGACAUGGAAGAUGCUGACUACUAUACAGGGUUAUCCAAAUUAAGUGUCCACCAUUAGUAACUUUGUUAUUAGUGAAAAUACAAAGUUGUUUGAAUUAGCAAACUAGUAGCAUUUUUAACGCUGGUAAAAAUGAGAAAUAAAAAAAAAAAAUUGAGAGUCGUUAUUUUGAUUUUUUUCAGUAAAAUAACAUUUUUUUAAAUGGAAACCCCUCUAUAUUAUAUUUUUUUCUGUUAAAGCAUCAAAUUUUAAACAAAAAAGCUUAUAAUAACUUUUCUCCUAGGUUACAAAUUGUUGAAGUUAUGGCCUCCAAUCUGAAACAAUUAAAUUGUAUCGACAAACUUUAUUUUCAACAUCAACUUAUAAUCUUACAAAAUACAAUAACAAUUUUUUUUAAAGAAGAUGCUCGAAAACACCACCUUGUUCUUCGAUACAUUUUUGGGCACGUUUUUCAACUGCUCGAACUGUCUUAAGUAUGGUCCUACCAUCUAUCUGGGUUAUCUUUUCCCUAA